AUGGGCCAAAGAGGCACCAUCCCUCCUCACAUAGAAAACCUCUCCUUCCUACUAUCCCUCGACAUUACAAACAAUAGUUUCCAUGGCAAUAUCCCUAGAGAGAUAGGUCUGUUGAGUAGAGUUGAGGCUAUCAUUUUCCUUUUCAACGACUUUACAGGAAACCUUCCUAAAGACAUUAGAAAGCUUGCUAGUCUGGAGUUUUUGGAUCUGAGGUGGAACCGACUUUCGGGCUCCAUACCUGCCUCCAUCUUCAACAUCUCCUCGCUGGAGAGUAUUAGACUCAACCAUAAUAGCCUAUCGGGUAACCUUCCAAUGGAUAUAUGUUACCGUGUUCCAAAACUUUACAGACUUGGUAAAAUUCCACAAGAGUUGGGAAAUUUUCAUAUUUUGGAGAUGCUAGCAAUUGAUGAUGCUGGCCUCACUGGUACCAUCCCAUCUUCUGUCUUUAACAUUUCUUCUUUGAAAAAGCUUUAUAUGGAUAGGAAUAAAUUAACUGGUACUCUGCCGCGGGGUAUGAGCUGGCAUCUUCCUAUGCUUGAAGUAGUUUAUCUUGGCAGCAAUGAACUGUAUGGAAGCAUUCCAAGAGAAAUUGGAAACUCUACUUCACUCAUCGAAUUACAUCUUCGAUAUAAUAGUUUGACUGGUCAAUAA